GCAACAUCUUGAGGAUCCAAGCCUAAUCUAAUCUUUGCUGCCAACCGUUAUUUCAGUUUAUUUAAUUGGAACUUUGGAUUCCAAAUCACGUAUUGAUCCCCUGUCACGACGACGGGCUUAAAGAGUUUCGGAUUCCUAAUCAAACGGAAGCCACUCAACCAUGGCGUCUGGCGUUUCUCAGCGCUACUGCUACAGCGAUUUUUUGACGCAUUCACUUCUCCAUAGCUCACAUAACUUCUCUUCCUCUGUUUUCACUCACCGGAAUCUACGAAACCGUAAAAUUUCAGUUCGCUUUAGGACUACCGCCAAAUCACCUCUGAACAAAAUCACGGGGGUUAAGCCGGAUAAAUCAGCUCACGAUUCCGAAUCUAGACCCGAAUCUUUAUCGAGUUCGGAUUCCGGAGUCAACAAUCCGGAUCCGGAUCCGGAUCCUCCAUUACGGCUGUCUCUCUGGAAUUCGGCCUCUCCCAUAUUAGAGGGAUUUAAAGUUGAUGGACUGGUUAGGGAGAUUUUAUCAGUUGCAUUGCCUGCUGCACUGGCUCUGGCUUCUGACCCCAUUGCUUCGCUUAUUGAUACUGCAUUCGUUGGCCACUUGGGAUCGAUUGAAUUGGCAGCGGUUGGGGUUUCAGCAUCAGUGUUCAACCUUGUAUCAAAGUUAUUCAACAUUCCUCUCCUGAAUGUUACAACUUCUUUUGUAGCCGAAGAGCAGGCGUUACUGAAAACUGAUGGUGGUGCCAGUCAACAUGGAAAAAUUAUUCUUCCUUCAAUAUCAACUUCCUUAGCACUUGCUGCGGGCCUUGGCCUUGCAGAAGCUAUUGCGGUUUCUGUUGGCUCCAGUUUUCUGAUGGAUACAAUGGGUAUAACUGCUGAUUCGCCAAUGCGCACACCUGCUGAGCAAUUUCUUACCAUGAGGGCAUUUGGUGCUCCAGCAGUUGUAAUAGCACUUGCCACUCAGGGAACCUUCCGUGGGUUCAAGGACACAAAGACUCCUCUAUAUGCAGUUGGUACCGGUAACUUGCUGAAUGCAAUAUUGGAUCCAAUUUUGAUAUUUUUCUGUGGUUUUGGCAUAAGUGGUGCUGCAAUUGCUACUGUGAUAUCUGAGUACUUGAUUGCUUCCAUCCUGCUAUUCAAGUUAAAUGAACGAGUCAGUCUUAUUGUUCCAGAUAUUGAUGGGGGAAGAGUUGUUCGAUAUUUGAAAUCUGGUGCUCUACUUACUGCGAGAACAUUAGCAGUUUUUGCAACCACUACACUAGCAACAUCACUGGCUGCUAGAGAGGGUCCAGUAUCUAUGGCUGGUCAUCAGAUUUGUUUCCAAGUUUGGUUGGCAUUGUCUAUGCUUACUGAUGCUUUAGCUCUGGCAGGCCAAGCUUUCCUUGCCAGUGAUUAUUCUCAAGGUAACUAUAGCAGAGCACGUGAAGUGGUCUACAAAGUCUUGCAGAUUGGUAUGGUAACCGGAGUGGGCUUAGGUGUGAGCUUGCUCCUGUGGUUUGGAACAUUGUCCAGCUUAUUCAGCUCAGACGACGAUGUCUUACAAAUCGCCAAAUAUGGUACUUUGUUUGUUGCUGGAUCUCAACCAGUGAAUGCUAUUGCUUUUGUUUUUGAUGGACUAUAUUACGGGGUCUCUGACUUCGAAUUUGCUGCUUACUCAACGUUAGUGAUUGGAUUGAUCUCCUCCUCUUUCUUAUUGGUGGCUGUUCCUUUCUUUGGUCUUGCUGGAGUUUGGGCAGGGUUGUUUCUCCUCAUGGCUUUGCGUGUGGUAGCAGGAUGCCUAAGACUAGGAACAAGAACUGGACCCUGGAAAUUGCUAUGGCCUGAAAUCCAGAAGGACACUGCUGAUGUAGCGGAUGGGUUGUCAGUGCAAAAAAAAAAACCAGAACAUGAAUAGUCCUUAGUAUAUAUAUGUAUGCACACAUAUAUAGAAAAUGCAAAGAUCUCAGGUAUAACCUACGCGCUACAAACUUAACCAGCAUUGGGUCGAGCUAAAAUUGAACCUGCUAAUUUUACAUGUCUUUUUAGAUAUUAGUAAUGCCUGUGUAGAGAAUUGAAAAUAAAAGCAUUUCCACAAAGAAAGCUUCCAACUUGUUUAUCCAGUAGCUGUGUGAUAUAAUAAUGUUCAUUUUAGUGAUGCACAAAGUCUUCAUGACUACGGGCUAAGAUGUGAUAGAGAGGGAAUAUUUUUCUGUAAUAAAUCAGGUAAUUUAUCAUGCCCCCAAACCCCCAACAAUUUUUCUUCUGG